AUAAGGCGGAUGUAGCACAUUGCUCUUGGAAGCGGAGUCAGCAGCGGAUAUCCUUUGCACUUCGUCGCUUUUCGUUCCUUUUACGCAAUUGCCCUAGGACUUAUAUAGCCAGUUGACAUUGCUGUUGCAAUUAGUUCUGGCAUUUUCAGAUCGAAGCAGUCUCUAUGAAUCAAUCGCUGCUGUGUUCAAUUCUUUUGUUGCUAUUAUCAAUUCAGCAACGUCUCUCUUCAAGUUGUUCGAGCUAUUCACGAUUUGAUACAAAUCCGGACAGAUUCCCUGGUAUCGUUCCUUUCAUUCUUUCCAGAGAAGAACAGAUCAGCCAAGCUCAGUUUGCUUCCAAGGUCAGAAUCACCAAGGUCUAUGGAAGCACUCACAACGAUGACAAACUGUAUGCAGCACAAGUGAUUUGCAACUUGAAAGAAAUUCUUGAACAGUUCAGCAUGCAAAUAAAUGUUAGCCAAGGAGACAGACGAUGUCAAGUUAUACAUAAACACACCAAGGUCGGAGACGAAGUAAUUCUCUUGAUGAAUGAAAGCAAUCGAGUUGGGAGAAUUUGGAAUCUAAACAGUCCAGGCAUGUUCAGUAUACAGGAAUGGGAAAGAGACUAUCAAAGCCAUCUUCCUGACAAUCCUUGCUUUAACGAUGUGAAAGAACCUACUCUUAGCCCUCUUACAACCACAACUAACAAAGCAAACCCCAAACCGAAUUCCUGUAGACCUGUUGCUUCUGCUCAAACGAAGACACAUGAUUCUGUCAACUGCACAGACAUUCCAUGGCAUGCAUUCAUUUGGGAUCGCCGAGUCUGCAAGACACGGUGCGACGCGGUUGCAAUUCAUGACUCCUGGCUUCUGACAUCGGCUCGCUGUGUUAGUCACUACACACGCACACCAAGACGUUUGGUAAUCAGUUUGGGAGUCAGCAAUGCUGGACAGAUGAAGAAGUCCUCCAGAGCGAAGUCCGUUGUUUUACAUCCACAGUGGCAAGCUCGAUCGGACGAGAAAGGUGUGGCAUAUGACAUGGCACUAGUGAAGAUGAAGACAUCUAGACACAAUAAUGGAUUAUGUCCUACUGAACCAAUAUCAUUGGCGUCACCUGCUGAUACCGUCACAGACCUUCACUGCUUGGGAUCUAAAACUGAUGUUUAUAACGGAUAUGUAAAGAAAAUAAUGUUGAAUGCGCCUAAUCCGAAAGUAGUAGACACAGAUCAUACAGAAGCUUAUUGGGCAGCAACUGCAUGUAGAGUCCAAAAUGGUCAGAGGCGCUUGUUUCAAGUCCUUAGUGGCAUCUCUGGUCAAUUCACAGACCAUGUCUUGACAAACGUUUACAACAACAAGAACGUCACCGACUGGAUAACUCACAAUAUCAACGAGCCUCAUAGCAUUUCCUGAAAAUGAACAAGUUUACAACGAGUAGGUGCAUCUUCAUACAAAGACAGAAAUAUACAAAAAAAAUUGUAUGCAAUUUGUUUAGUUUAACGCCAUAUCUGUCAAGUUGUAUUUUUGACUUAUCAUCGUAGUAAUCAAUUGCCCAGUUAAAAUUGAUAACAAAAAGCUACAAUUUUUACGCUGCUGUGUCAGCCAA